CCGCCGGUAUGUCUCGUUACUGUACUCUGCUGUGUGUUAUCUUGUUUCGGGUGAAUGUAAGACGAAAGCUAGCGGCGUUCGCAUUGAUAGUUAUUAGAAAUUGAUCCCUCUUCUGCCUUUGUUCAGUUCAAUCAUUGAUCAGCGGUGGAGCGACCGUGGAGCAGCACAGCCUCUGUGUUAGCCACGCCGAUCUGGGAUCAGCACCGCGGACAGCACUGAUGUUUACAUGCAUUAGCUUUUCUGCUUUUUUUACUCGUUAUUGUCAGCGACAAGCACCGCCGUACUUACAUGUACGGAAACUUUUAAUGCGCCCCUGAAUCUCUGUUCUUGGACGUAGGCUGUAACUUUUUCGGCCAGCUUAAUGUUUUAUGCGGUUUGUGUCGACGGCCGUAGCGUUGCUGCUGCAUCUUUCAGUAGGCUAAUAGUGCAAUUCUUUGUCAUUUUACAUGUUCCUACACUGGCGAAUUUGCAUGUUGCGAAGUUUUAUUUGUGAUUAGGAAAGUUUAUUUGGUGGACAUUGGACAUUCUGCCCGAACAUUUAAUGGAAACAAUAUUUUCCAUUGGUGUCGACUGUACAUUUAGAAACGUGAGUCGUCUCUGGUAGUGAACAUGCGACCAGUUUGUUGUUGAGAAAGACGAGCUUUUAAGUGUUUUAACGCCGAAGCGCUGGACUGCUAAUGUCGCCUAAAUGUUUCUAGUUAUUACCGUGGAGAUUGUGUCAGAGGGAGCUAAACUCUGUAGCAUCUGAGCUGGCUGGUCGACAAGAGGAGAGCGAACAUUCCCACAAGCACCUGGUAGAGCUGAGCAGGGAGUUCAAGAGAAAUGUCCCCGAGGAAGUGCGGGAGAUGGUGGCACCUGUUCUCAAGAGUUUCCAGGCCCAGGUGGUUGCUCUGAACAAGCGUAGUAAGGAGGCCGAGUCUGCGUUCCUGGGAAUCUACAAACAGCUUAUCGAGGCCCCAGAUCCAGCUCCUGUGCUGGAGGCCUCGCACACCCUGGAGGGACGGCUGCAGCAUCUUCAGAGUUCGGUCCCAGACAGCGAGACCCUGGUACGAGAGAUUAGCGGGCACUGGAAGAAACACCUGGAGUGCCUUGAAAAGACAGAGCACUCAGAGGACGGCCCAGCAGUUUCAGGGGCAGCAGCGACAGAGGAGGCCCCAGAAUCUAGCUCUCCAACCUCCCUGAUGACCCCCAACAGCACACCGGCUCCUGGGGCCCCAGGCUCCCCACACCAGAACUACCAGGACCGAGCUGAGGGCCGAGGGGAGGAGGAGGAGAGCGCCGAUGUUGGUUUGGCUGACAGACUCUCAGAGGCAGAGGAGAAGAUCAAGGUUCUGCAUUCAUCUUUGAACACUGCACAGACUGAGCUACUGGACCUGCGGUGUAAAUACAACCAAGAGAUGACCAACAAGGCAGAGGAGGUUGACGCCAUAAUGGCGAAUCUUGAGAAAGCAAACCAGAGAGCUGAAAUGGCCCAGAGGGAAGUGGAGAGGCUAAAGGAGCAGAUAGCCAGCGGCCAGAGUGCCACCACAGGGAACUGCCAUCCAGCAGAGGGCACUAGCAGGGAGAAGAACGAGAAGGGCGAGGUGCUGCCCUCCCAGCUGGAGGCAGCCUUGCUGGCUAAAGACCGAGAAAUCCUCCGUCUUCUUGAAAACAUCCAGCGGCUGCAGUUCACACUACAGGAAGUUCAAGAGACUUCGGCCAAUCAGAUCCUAGAGCUAGAACGGCAGCUGGCCUAUAAGACGGAAGCUAUCGAGAGAUUAGAAGCUAAACUGCAAUCCCAGAUGGACUAUGAAGAGAUUAAAACUGAACUCAGUAUCCUAAAGGUCAUGAAGCUGGCUUCAGCCAAUGGCAGCUCGUCCCAGGAUUCUGCCAAGGCUGCAGAGGCUCUUUUGCUGGAUAAAGAAGCCUUUCUUCCAUCUCACAAAUACCUGGUUGAUAAGGCCCGAAUUUUGCACAGCAUUGAUGAUGACCAGUCUGAGGAUGCAGGUAGAGAGACAGGCAGGCCACCCGGCUCCCAUUCAUCCUCCUCUCAGGCGGAUGGCCGCACAUCCCCCAGCCCCGGCCCUCCCACCCUGGACGGCUCCUCCUCCAGCCACGAUCUACCGCGUCCCUUCUCUGUGUCGCCGUGCUCCGGGGACAGACUGUCAGGAGACCACAUCCUUCACAAGCAGCUCCUCUCCCCUCACUUUAAAAAGGAGGGCCUCAUGGCUUUUCCCACCGCACUCUAUGCAGCCAAAGUUGCCCUCAUGUCAGCCACCCAAGGGUCCGCAGGGGCGGGCAGCGUCGACGCCGGCCUGCCCAGCGACCAGUCGGAAAGCGGCAGCUCCACAGCAGGAGAUGAGGACCAACUGGACACGGCAGAGAUCGCCUUCCAGGUGAAGGAGCAGCUGCUGAAGCAUAACAUUGGCCAGCGUGUGUUUGGCCACUAUGUGCUGGGCCUCUCCCAGGGCUCGGUCAGCGAGAUCCUGGCAAGACCCAAACCCUGGAGGAAGCUGACUGUGAAAGGCAAAGAGCCUUUCAUUAAGAUGAAGCAGUUCCUCUCUGAUGAACAGAACAUCCUGGCACUCAGGACCAUCCAGGUCCGCCAGAGAGGGAGCAUCACUCCGCGCAUCCGAACUCCUGAAACUGGGUCAGACGACGCCAUUAGGAAUAUCCUGGAGCAGGCCAAGAAGGAGAUCCAGUCCCAGAGGGGAGGUGAUGGAAAGUCGUCUCUGAACAGCUCAUCAGGCAGAAGCAGUAACGGGCCUGGCAGCAGCUCUGAUGACACCAUAAAGAGCAUCCUAGAACAGGCCAGGAGGGAGAUGGAAGCCCAGCAACACGCCCUGAUGGAGAUGGAGGUCUGCGGGAGGGCCCCGACGGUCAGUUCAGGAGCUCAGGUUGAGCGUCUGGGGCCCCCAGAGCGCUCCAGGGGCCUGCCUUUACCCAUCUCCAUUAAACAGGAGGAAGGAGGCUGCGUUACAGUCUGCAUGGCCAACUCCAUCAGCAGCCCCCAGACACCUCUCAGCGUCCUCUCCCCGGCAGCAUUCGUCCAGAACAUCAUCCGCAAAGUCAAAUCAGAGAUCGGCGAAGCAGGCACCUACUUCGACCAGCACUGGUCUCAUGAGCGGGGCUCAAUGGUGCUCGGUGGUGGAGGUAGCUCUCGGCCCUUCAAUUCAGUCUCUCCCUCCUUGUCUUCCUCCUCCUCCGGGCCCUCUGCCCUGCCCCGGCCCUGGCCCCGUCUGGAGAACGGCGAGGGUCUCCCCAACAGCGAGGAGGCGUCUGCUGCCGAGGACGAGCUGGGGCUGGGCCGACCAGUGGAGGUGAAAGUGGAGUCAGACACGUCGGUAAGUGGAGAGUCUCCUGGCCCCGGUCCAGGAAGGCUUUCCUACUACCCAGCAUACAUCCCCCGUGCCCUCAAGCCCACUGUGCCGCCGCUGACUCCAGAGCAGUAUGAGAUGUACAUGUACCGGGAGGUGGACACCAUUGAGCUGACCAGGCAGGUGAAGGAGAAGCUGGCUAAGAACGGCAUCUGUCAGAGGAUCUUUGGUGAAAAGGUGCUGGGGCUAUCUCAGGGCAGUGUGAGCGACAUGCUGUCUCGGCCCAAACCCUGGAGCAAGCUAACCCAGAAAGGCAGGGAGCCCUUCAUCCGUAUGCAGCUGUGGUUACUGGACCAGCUUGGCCAGAGCCUCAGCCAGCCCCCAAACCAGGGCCACACUCAGGAAAAAAGCCCAGUGACGGCCCAGUCCUCGCCCUCCCCACCUCCUAGUCCAGCAGAGAGCCACCCAAGUCCGCUGGUUGAGCCUGUCAGCCUGUCCCUGGAGAGCAGCAAGGAGAACCAGCAGCCUGAGGGCCUGGGCCUGGGGUUGCCCCCCCACCCAGAGGGAGGGAAAUCCACUCCCAACCUCAUGGCCCUGCACCAGCCCACAAACCCACUGGGUAUCCAGGAGCUGGUGGCCAUGUCUCCGGAGCUAGACACCUACGCCAUCACCAAGAAGGUCAAGGAGGUGCUAACAGACAACAACCUAGGCCAGCGUCUUUUCGGGGAGACCAUCCUGGGACUAACUCAAGGCUCGGUGUCCGACCUGCUCUCCAGGCCCAAACCAUGGCACAAACUCAGCCUGAAAGGCAGGGAGCCGUUUGUCCGCAUGCAGCUGUGGCUCAAUGAUCCUCACAAUGUGGACAAGCUGAGGGCCAUGAAGAAGAUGGAGAAGAAAGCCUAUCUGAAAAGGCGAUAUGGGCUCCUGAGCACUGGCUCAGACAGCGACUCACCCAGCACUCGUUCUGAGUGUGUGAGUCCGACCUUGGCCUCGCUGGACCUGUGCCCCUACAGCCAGGUGAAGAAGCCUCGGGUGGUGCUGGGAGCUGAGGAGAAAGAAGCCCUGAGGAAAGCCUAUCUCAUGGAGCCAUACCCCUCUCAGAACACCAUCGAGAUACUGGCUUCCCAGCUCAAACUCAAAACCAACACUGUCAUCAACUGGUUCCACAACUACAGGUCCAGGAUGCGACGGGAGGUACUGAUGGAGGGUCUGCCAGACAAUGACACAGAUGCUGAGCACCACAGCUACUCCCCGCCGGUGACGCGGAGCCCCCACUCCGAUGGAGAGGAGAGGAGGCUGCAGCAGCCCUCAGGACACAUCAACUCCAGCCUUCCUCUUAGCGCCAACACAGCACUGCCUCACGUCAAACAAGAGGCAAUAGACAGGGAAGAUGAGGGGGAGGAGGGAAGGGAGGGCUCCAUGAAACAGUUGAGAGUUCAGCGUUUUUCCACGGCACUGCAGUUCCCGCCGUUAAAAAAUGAACACGAGGACUCCAUCACUGUCUGCCGCGAGCCCCACUUGGCUGGCCAGAGCCUGAGGCAAGAAGAGGGGAUGAGCAGCCAGGCUCAAGGGCUCUACCAUGUCGCAGUCUCCAUAGACGGCCCCCAGAGAACCAACCAGUCCAGGCACGAGGGGGAAGACUCCGGAAAGUCCCCCAUCGACCCGGUCAGCUUCAAGGCUUCGUCGGAGCCCUGCCGCAGCAGCCUGGAGGUCUCCCUCAACUCCCCCUCUGCCGCAUCCUCACCUGGCCUCAUGAUGUCAGUCUCCCCUGUCCCUUCCUCAUCCGCUCCCAUAUCGCCCUCGCUGCCAAACCCGCCCUCGACGAGCACCAAUCACAGCCUGGACCCUAACCCGCUCCCUCCCUUCCAAAGCCCUAAACUCAACAGAAGCACUCAGAGACGCAAUGAGAAAAUGGCCAACCUCAAUAACAUCAUCCACAGGCUAGAGAGAGCAGCCAAUCGAGAGGAAACACUGGAGUGGGAGUUUUAAGUCCCCUCUUACUUGUAUGUAGUCCUGAUGACCCUCGCGGCACACAGGAGAGUCUCAAAUAGAAGCUUCCUGAAGACUUGGAAAGGAGCCUGGCUCCUGGGGGCCUGUCCUCUCAGACUGGUAACUCAUAGGAAAUGGGAACGCAGAUCUAAACAUAUGGCUGAAUGCCCUACAAGAACUUAAUGAGUUGAAAAAAAAUUUAUAAUUGUGUAUUUGUUUUUGUUUAUUUGUUUUUUUUUGAUAAUGCAUACUACUUUUAAAUAUAUGUGACAGCACUAGCUGUUGUUUUACCUAUUGGACUUGACAUGAAGACUUUUGCAGCUAUGGUGUCAUAAAAUGUACACUGAAGUUCUGUAGAUUGCCACUGGGUGAGAUUAAAAAAAGACCCCUGUCUUAAGCCAUUAAAAGCACUAUUACUAUUUGAAAAGAGACAUUGACCAAAUUUGCUACUUUUUGAAUAGCAAUUUUUCAGAUUUUGUCUGUAAGACUGGACAGUUUAAGUCAAGUAACAUGAAAUCCUAUUACUGACUGAGGGAUAGUCCUUUAAGACUCUAAAUAUUCAACAUCUUGUAUGUACUUAGUUUCUUGGUGAUAUGUUUUGAAAUAUUUGUAACUCACACGUAUAAAAUGUGGUUGUACAUGUUGUAGAACUGUCUGCAAUAGCCUUCUCUAAACCUGAUGUAGCAUGGUACUCACCUGACCCUGUUAUCCUCUGUAGUUAGUCACCUGUGAUUAUACUUGAGCGAAAACAAGAGAAAAAAAAAAAGUUGAAAACCCUGCAAAAAAUAAGAAAAAAGGAAACGUUGAAUCUAAUGAGUAGAGUACUUUUAGUGUUCUGUUUUGUUUUUUUCUUUGAAUAAUCCUUGAGGUUUACAGUUUAGGGCCCUUGUGCUUUUGGUAGUAAGUGAAACAUUCACUACACACGAGCACAGUUUACAUGAUUUCUUUCAGACUUACCUCUCUGACCCUCUAAGGCACUGGUUCUCAGACUGUAACAGGCCAAGACACAGGACACCUGGUUUACCUCAGAUUAUGUUGAUGCACAUCAUGCUAUGACCAUGCGUUUCAUUCUUAUACAUAAACAUGACCCCCGCUUAUUUGAAUCGAUGGAGGGAAAGUACUCUGUAUCAUGCCUCAGCUGUGCCGAGAACAAAACACGGAGCAAGUUUUAACGAGCAAAAUCUUGUCUUUUACAAAGAAUAUGCUGCUGUAGGAGGAGAUGGGGAGCUAAUAAUUCCUUUAUGUGUGUGUAUUAUGAUCCUCCUCACAGGUAACACCUGACUCGGUGCACUUUUUCAAAAUGGGUCAUUUACUGUAGCUAGAAUAAUGUGUACUUGAUCAAACACACCUCAACCUCUAAGCACGGAGAUGUUUAGCCGGGCAGUUUGAUAUGAAAAGAUUGCCUUGAGCAACAAUGCAGUGCUGUGAAUUGAUCUCCCUUGGGUCUAAGGCUCACAGUAUGUGAGAGCAUGAUACAGUAUGACCUCUCAUCAACAUGAAAACAUCAAAUCUGUAAGUACACUAUAUUCAAGGACACAAAAGGUUACAGGUAUCCCCUCAUAUUAUCUUUGACCACUUGUGUAUUGUGUCUGUAGAAGUUUCUUUGUCAUGCUUGCAAUGUUCUUUAUGUAUUUUGCCUCUAUUUUAUACUCAGAACAGUUAACUAGAUAUUCAAUACCUCGUGUAUGAACUACUUACAGCACUUAGAUUUUGAUAAUUGUGAGGACUCAAGAAAAUUUCAAAUAUCAACAUUAUCCUAACUUAGUGUCCACAAGUCUUUGCCUUUACUGUAUCGUUGAAGUUGGUAGUAAACACUUGCACAUGUCUACAUAGUUCAGAGGACUUGGAUUGUAUUAUGUAGAGAUAUAUAUUACACAAUUACUAAAAAAAAAUAAUAUCUUACAUUCUUGGAACAAAAUGUGCUGAUUAUAUUGAAAUAGAGUGUACAGAUUUAAUAAACCAAACCCAUUCAAGCCAGUUCUGGUCUGGCAAGCUUGCCCACGUUUUAGACCUUCUCUCAGGGUAGUCUUGCUUUUUAAAGCUUUACUGAAACAGUUGCUUUCAUCAGUGGUGGUGACUAUGAUAAACAUUAUGUGGUGUAGAGAAUGACUCCGUUAUAUAUUAAAUGGACCUGUGAAAGUUGUGUGUGUAUAUGGGAAAUGCAACUUUCACAGAAAGCGGUGGUUUGUCAGAGAGCUGUUGCUGUUUUGUAAUUCAUUACACAGAUGUGUCAAAGUACAGUGUCGAUUGGAGCUACCAGGAUGAAGUUAAUGGGUUGCAUUUUUUGAGAUCAGUAGACUUUGCUCUCUAAAAUACUGUUUUUCUUUUCUCUUGGAGCCACAGAAGAUUUUUCUCUGGUUUUCGUACCACCAUUUUUUGUGCAUAAUAUACUGUAUGAUUAGAAGUGGCAUUUCUUAUGUGGAAAUUUCAUUGUCUUUCAUGGUAACAUGGACAUAUGACUGAAAAAGAAAUGUAUUUACCCAGACCAUUAUCUCUUCAUGUAAAGCCCAUCUCAUUGUUUUGCAUGCAAAUCCAUUCUAGUCACAUGACAAGGGAUAGACUGUGUUUUUGUGUUGUUGUUCUUGCACAGGGACAUUGAAUCAGCACUUCAAGUCUUUUUACAUUAGUGAAGUCCAUGCAUGGUGCAGCUGAUAAAUUUGGCUCUCACAAAGUCAUCAUGAACCCGGCAAAUCAGAACCCAAUAACGACCCAGUAAACAUCACUUCCAGGUAAAUAUUUAAAUCAAGAUUAUUUUGUGCCAUAUCAUAUGCCUCAUGCAUUAUCCCCACAGGACUAAUGCCUAGUGGUAAAGUGUGAUUUAAUAGGAGUGUAGGGUAGCCCAGUUCAGAAAAAAAGCUAAGCUUUUUGUAACGAGCCCUACACAUUAGAUGGUUUUAUUUUAUAAUUGACAUUUGUCACUAAAUAAUGAGGUAAUUGGUGAGCAAAAUUCGAAUGAUUGUGUUCAUAGUUGUUAAUAUAGAAACAAUAUUUACAACUCUGCCACUGAGGGUUUAUCACAAAGAAAAUUCUUCAUUUGAAAGUCAGCUGUGAGCCAAUAAAGAGAAGUGUCCUGCAGGCGUAAAUUACUGUCUAAUGCCUCACACAUGUCAGGCUAUUAAAUGUUUAAGAAUGGACAAAGGUAUACCAAGCGUCUUGGAAUUGAAUUUGCAUAUGUAAGCCAUCAUUCAAUACAUAAUUGUUUAAGA